UGCUCAGUGACUCGUAAGAUGAGUGAAGCUGUCGAGGCAAGUGUGAGUCAACCAGUGCUGCGGUGACCGCUCUAGGGAGAGGUACUGUGCUCCUCGACGCCAUUGUAACCACCCCCAUGUGCCGUGGAAGCCUAAAUUUAUAGAAAUCCUGAAAAGAACCACACUGGCACGGUUUUGACAAUUUGUUAAACUCCAGUUGGGCCACGCAGGCUCCCAACAUUACUGGUCCAAGUCCUGCAGACUUAUCCAGUAUCCUGGAGGAAAGUCUUAAUGAGGCCUUAAUCCAGUUUCAGUCAUGGGAGAGGUUGAUAAACCUUUUGGAUGUCCCCAGCCUGGCUGUGGUAUGAGCUUUACCAAUGAGGAUCAUCUAACUGUGCAUCGUCGACGUCAUGAGAUGCAGCUCACAGUCAAUGGAGAGCAUCAUACAUCAUCUCUAGUCAAGCAUCAUGGAUUCAUUAUUGAUCAGACACCAACUCCAACGAGGUUCUUGCGACAGUGUGAAGAAGUGGGACUUUUCCAGGAAAUAAGUCUAAAUCCAUUUGAUGAGCAAUUUAGAAGAGCAUCACUUCUUAGAUCACACCACUCAAUCACUGAGGCAGUGGGUGGUCAUACAGGGGAAAGCCUCGACACACCUAGAGUGCUGCCUCCUGUAGAUUCUGAUGAAACUAUUUCCUCCACAUCCCGAGAUGAUGUGUCUAUUGCAUCCACUACAGCAAACUCAACAGCCACCCUCACCACCUGCAGUAUAUCUGUGCCAUCUCAUCCACAAAAUAUACCAACCAGUUGCACUCGACCUCACUCAUCACUAAGAGUAAUAGAAGUUGAGGGGGAAGCUGAUAAAAGUGAACGAGUACCAAGACGUCUGUCUCUAAAUGUGUGCUCAGCAGCAGAUGCAGGACAACAAACAAGCUCUGUGAUAUCAACACCUACACCUGUCAUCACUGCUGGGCCAUCUGUGACACAGUCCUUGGGCAUGGUAGAUGUUGGUGUGGCUAGUGGUAGUGUGAGGGUCAGCGGGGUGUCACACACUUCUCUCCAGCAGCCAGCCCUCUGUGCAGCACCCAGCAGUGUACCUCCAUCUCCAAGUGCCACAGUCCUUCAGCUUCUUCUCAGAUUACCUAAUGGUCAAGCAAUCCCAGUCGAGAUUCCUGCAACUCCAGUGGUAUCUUCAUCCAGUACAAAUGGAACCACAAGUAGCACAGUCUCAACUACUGCUGGCUCACCACCUCAUUCACUGGAAACUAGAUCUCCUCAACAGUCCCUAGCAAAAAUGAAAUUAAAGCAAGCGUUGGCUUCAAGUAGUACAGCAGCACGGCCAGGCUGCAGUAAAAUAUCACGAGCCAAUACUGCAGACCGCAUCGCUGAAAUGACCCGAACACGUAAUUUUAGUGGUACCAGUAGUACUGAGGGUGAAGGGGAAGAUGAUAUCUCGGGUGGAAAUUGUAACUUCGUGAAAGGGGAAAGAAAACGACGUCACUCUUCUGAUAAUGAGGACCCUGCUGAAAAACGCAAAAAAUUCCUUGAAAGAAACAGAGCAGCUGCCAUAAGAUGUAGAGAGAAGAAGAAAAAAUGGAUUGAAAACUUGUCCAUAAAAUAUGAUGAACUGGGAUCAAUCAAUCAAAAACUACAGACUGAAGUGUCAUCUCUACGUUCUGAAGUUGCUGUUCUUAAGUCAAUGCUUUUGCAGCACAAAGACUGUCCUGUAACUCUGGCCAUGCAAGAUGGCAGCCUAGAAAAUAUGAACUGCAGUAGUGACCUGACACCUUUACCCUCAAUCCUGGCACCUCUGACAGAUGGUGCUCAUGUUUCUUGCCAACCUCCACACAAACCCCGCAUCCGUUCACUUUCUUUACCAUCGAUACCAUCAUCUAGCACCAUGGAGCCUCUACCUGUGAAUUUAUCAUGCACUUUGUGUGCUGCCCCGCCAACAAGUACAGGGGUAACUCCCAUAUCUUCAUCAACCAAGGUGGGUGCUGUGCCAGCAGUAUCUCCUGCUGGAGGUGGGGCAGUGACCAUGAACCCAGUCAACCUGACUAAUAGCUUCAUAACAGCUGGUCAGUAUUCUUCUGGCCUCAACACCACCACCACCAGCAGUACCCGACUCUCUCAAGCUGUACCUGGAACCAUCUUCAAACUCACGCAUACACCCAUUUCCCAUAACCACACAUCAUCUCACCACACCCAGCUGCUUGUCCCAGUCACAGGAUCAUCUCAGGUAACUGUAGUGGGAGAACAAGAAUUAAUAAGUUCAGAAAUCAAUUCCAAAGCCUUAGUGAUGAGUGGCACCACGAACAUGAUAGUGACAGCCAAUGGAUCUCCUAUCACUCACACAACUUCGCUGGGCCACUCACAGCUGCUCAAUUUGACACUGCAUCAAGCAUCUCAAGUCAAGUCUCCAUCAGUUCUUCGCAAGUCCAAUUGAAUAAUUAAUGUAAUCAGCUUACAGUUUCCAUUUCGCAUACAAACAUUGCGGUAUGUCUGAUAAUUGAUUGUUACGGUGAUCACUACUGUGUAGUGUACAAAUAAGUAGAUUUUUCAUUUCAUUUAGGUAGAAAUCCCAUAAUAAAUUUUUAUUUGUGCAUUGCAUUAAAUAAAAUUUUCAACAUUUCA